UUUUUAUCUUCAGUCUUGGAUCACUCGUCGUUCGCGCAAUUUCGUUCAAAUGUACAAAACGGUGCUUGGAAUUUGUGUUGCUAGUUGCUUAAUUGGUUUAAGCCAGACAAAAUGCAUCAACACGAAUUUGUAUAAUCUUACGGAAUACAAAACCGACGCCGAAAAUUUCAAUUUACAAUUCGAUAUCCACUGCGUAAAAUCCAAAGAUGGUUACCAUUUACUCCUGCUCAACGUACGUAAGCCUGUAACCUCCAAAAAACACCCUGUAUAUCUACAGCACGGAAUAGGAGCAAACUCAAUGCAAUUCUUCGCCGGCAAAAACGUCUCUAUGGCGUUUUAUCUCGCCGAAAUGGGAUACGACGUGUGGAUUGGCAGCACCAGAGGAUCGUACUUUUCUUUGAAUCACGACACAUUUUCGAACGACGACAAACGAUUCUGGGACUACAGUUUUCAUGAGAUGGCUCUUAUGGACCUCCCGGCUUUCAUCCGGCACAUCCGCAGCUACAACACGCAGAAAAUCUUGUACAUCGGACACUCGAUGGGGACGAGCAUAUUAGCCGUUUACGCGUCGGUAUUGAAGGACGAGGCGGAAAAAUACUUGCACAAAGCCGUGCUAAUUAGUCCUGUCGUCUAUAUGAAACACAUACGAGGUCCUGUGGGAUAUUUGGCGGCCAAAGGUGAACUGUUGUUGAUAAAACUCGAGUCAUUAGGAGUGUACAAAUUUUUCUCGCAAGGAAGCUUCGAUCGAUCGCUCUUGAACGAGUUUUGCGUUUACAGACCCAAUGAACUUUGCACCACGUUAGUCGACAGUAUUUUCGGAUAUUCCACAGGCCAAAAGAACAAAAACUACACACCAUACUUUUUGACAGAAUGGCCCACCGAUACGUCGACGAAAACUCUAAGACACUUCAUGCAAGUAAUAUUGUCGCAUGGCAAAAGUCCUUAUUAUAAUUACGGCCCGGAAUUAAAUAAGAGGAUUUACAACAGAGCAACACCUCCGGAAUACGAUGUUCCGGGCAUAAAAAUACCCAUUCACAUUAUUUAUGGGGAGGAAGAUUGGCUCGCACCUUACGGGGACGCGAAGUUGUUGUAUGACAAGCUGACGGUUUCUGAAAAGAGUCUUCAGGGAGUCCCAAAUUUUAAUCACAUUGAUUUUAUAUUGUCUGACAAUGUUGUUGAUUUUUAUGUUAAAUAUUUAUUACCUGUUUUGUGAUAAGAUAAUUUUUAUCCUAUUGGAACAUUUGCUAUGUAUGAAUCAAUCGAAUCAUUAAAAUGUUGUGUUAUUAUGUAAAGCUUGUAUCUGUUUUAAGAUAAAUUAAAAUGUUCUUUUUUACAAUGUAUUUAUUUAGGAUUAUUCAAGCUAACAUUAAAUUUAGUAAAAAAUUACCCUUUUUGCUGCAA